ACUCCAUGAUUGCGAUUGCCUCAGUGGUGGCAGUGUAACCCUGAAACAAUCCAAAUGCGGAGGGGUUGUGUCACUGUGAAAGCUAAAAAGAGGGGGGGAAAGUGGGAAAAGACGCGGAGGAUUGACGCGGAGAAGGAAAAACCGGAGCUGAGCUGAGCUGAGCUGAGCUGAGCUGAGCUGAGCUGAGAGGGAAUUGUUGGGGUUUGCCAAGCCGGCAACUUCAACAAACAUGCAUCCCGGGGAGCUACCGAGGAGCUUCAUCUUUUUAUCUUUUUUAUCGUUCAGCUCUCUGCUCUGCGUCACCUCGGUUCAAUAACACCACCAUUUGAAUCGAGAUAGUCCACCCAGCUCACAGACCCCUCCAACACCAACACUGACACCAACAAUGCUCUCCCUUCCCCCCUUCGAGGGCUUCCUCCCUCAAUGGCUCGUCCUGGUCCGUCACUUCGUCUACACCGCUCAUUCCCAUUCCCAUUCCCAUUCCCAUUCCCAAUUCCUAAUCAAUCCUCAUCCUCAUCCUCAUCCUCAUCACACAACAAAACCACCACCACCACACUUCCCCUUUCCCUUCCCAAUAAACUAACCCCCUCCAAAAAAAAACAGGUCUCCGUCGUCUCCGCCGCCAAUAGCCUACAAGCCUACCGCUCCGAAGCCUACGCCGCCGAGCUCUACAACGGCCGCACCCCGGAAGGCUACGUCUUCACCAACCCGCUCUCGUCGCGCACCUUCGGCACCUGGACCUUCCUCUCCGCCGUGAUCCGCUUCUACGCCGCCUACAACAUCAACAACCCGGCCGUGUACGACCUGGCCCUGUGGACGUUCGGCAUCGCGCUGGUGCACUUCGUCGGCGAGCUGGUGCAGGGGAGCGCCCGGCUGCGCGGCCGCUUCGUCAGCCCGCUACUCGUCGCCUCGUCCACGUUGACCUGGAUGUUCUGGGAGCGGUCGUGGUAUUUGGGUCAUUAGUUUAUGCAAGGAAAAGGGAGUGGGGGGUGAGAGAGGUUUUUAGGGUGGAUGGGUUAAUCUGGAUCGGUUGAUCGGUUGAAGGGGUUCGUUCAGGCGGUGUUGCUGUAGGUGGGAAGGGUGAGGAGAAGGAGGAGGAGGAGGAGGGGGAGUAAUGGAUGCGGGCGCAUGUUCACUAAUGUUAGUUUGUAACACUAAUGAUGAUGAGUUCAAGUCGGGACGAUUGUCUAGGUGGUGGAAGUGGAGGUUCUGGGGUAAUGGGUUGACCGAGUUGUGUCGUGCAUGGCAGCAAGCAGGGUCUGCCGAUCUGGCGGAUCCACUUAUAUAUAUCUGUAUCGUCGGAUCGAUCGGUCUCGCUCCCCCACAAUCUGGGAACAACAGAUCCGUCGGUUUGCUUUAGAACACGAUUUGUCAUGAG